GUUUGCGAUUGUUUGCGACGCAUACGAACGUGCAUACGAAAGACGAAGGCCAUGAACAUGAACGCGCUGCGCAGCGUAUGCACGGUAUGCACGGACGUUGGCGCAUGCUUUGCCGAGAUCGACCUCAGUGCCUCAGUGGCCUCAGCGCGUUGGUAGCGUCUCGCAGUGGCGCCUCAUAGUGCGGUCUAGUACCAAAUUACCGAUAUUUAUUACUGCAUCAACUGUGCGAGUGCUCGUAGUUUGCUUGCAGGGCUGUAACCUAUGCCGACAGUGCUUGUGGCGUGCCUCUGGUUAUGCAGGAAAUUGUGACUCGUGUCCGUGCCGAUAUCUCAAGUGACACGCACACUUCCAUGAUCGACCGCUGGCCACUGAUCGUGCCGCCAAUCAUCCGAUCGCGAGCUCCGAAUAGUGCGACGGGUGGUACCGUGGUACCAUCGAGAUCCCUCAUUUCAUCCCUUGCCGACGGCAUGGGCUCGUCUCAAUCCGACGGGGCGCAGCAGCAGCAAAGCAUGUUCAAGGUGAAGGGCUUGACGCUGAUCAAGGAAGCCGUCAACGGACUUGUCAAGUCCUUUCCCCGGAAAGAACCGACUGACUUUCCGGAGACUACGCUCAUCAGCCUGACCAGCUUGAAGUCGCGCGUCGUCGCCGCCCUCACGGCCCAGGGAGACUCCCCCGUGUCAGGAGCUAACUCAUGCUCGAGAAGCUUGCGCUCGCGUCCAAGCACUUCUCAGGCGACCGACUCCUGCGCAGCUCAGGGUCCAAAGCGCAGUGCGACAGCCAUGACCACCCACAGCGAGCCGCCGCUGCUGCUCAAGCAACCGAAACCGCCGAAACUGGAGAGGGAACGAUCCCCCGAUCCACGACCAGCUCAAAGUUUGUCCAAUUGCCCGGAGCAAACAGCCAGAGGCAAGCAAUCGCUACGGAGCAGAAAACGGUACUUCGGCGCCGGCGUUUCUAGCAAGAGACCGCAUGCGAAUGCUGCUUCGUCAACGUACGAGAGCCGAGCGACCCCUGUGCACGUGAAGGUGGAACCCUUGGAAGAGCUGCCCCAGCCGCAAGAGGCGUCAUUGCCGUGCCACUCGGCCGAGGUCUCGCCUCCUAGUAGCAUGCCGAAUUCUCUGCCCGGCACCAGUCCCGUCAAGGUAGAGCCUGCCAAUGCACCAUCCGGCGUGUGGGACAUUCCCCCGAAGCUUUGGGAAGACAUGCAGAGCGUGCUUUUCACACACUUAGACUCCACAUAGCUUUGCACUGUAGAUUAGUACUCUUUCUCCGUUGGUUGAAGAACUUCACUGCAGGCAAGCCACGCUGCAACCUUGUCCAUCCAAAACCUCCAUGCAAGACACUUACCUAGAGACAGAUGGGAGGAAAUGUCCUUGUGCAAAUCAUUCCUCCACCCCAGCCCUGAGUGAAUGUCACCAUGUUUUCUUGGCUUUGUUGUAUCUUAUGUACCUGCAUAUAAGCAGUUUUGUCUCUUUUCU